AAAGUUUGUAAAAUGAGAAUGAAACGAGGAGUGCCAAAAAAACGGUUGAACGUUCAUAUAUGCGAGUUACCAAAGACAUCGGACAGUAAUUUGCCGAAAUUACCGCCGAAUGUAAAAUUUUACACACGUUGGAAACGGAAUUUCCAAAAAUUAUUCCUUGUUUCUGUGAGUCAUCCCUUAACACGACAUUUUUUGCGUAGCUGUGCCGCGAUUGCCUUCGAAAAAAGAAGGCAUGGACGUUCUUCAUUCUGGUGGGUAAUACAUCCAUGCAGUGACUUAAGAGUCGCGAAAAGUUCUGGACCAGAAAGUUGGUAUCCAGUGUACCCUGCAUAUGUAAUUUGUAUCUUUGAUAUUAUUCUUAAUUUUAUGACCGGAUUCAGUUCACCGGAUGGUCACGAAAUUUUCCUGGAUCCAUUAUUGAUAACACGACAUUAUACAAGAGGCUAUUUUUUUAUCGAUUUUGUGUCUUCAGUUCCGUACUCAUGGUUUUAUAAUGAUCGUAUUCUACCUCCGGGUCCCAAUUCAAAUUCCAUUUUAUUGAUUCCUGAAUGUUUACCAGCAUUAAAAAUUUUACGCAUUUACACAUUACGUCUCUACAUAAGACAAAUAAUUGCAAAUUUUACAAUUUCUCACGCUGAAGAGAAAACUGUUUGGUUAGUACUUUUGAUGUUGUUGAUAUUUCAUUGGUGUAGCUGUGUAACACACGUUUUUCCAUUUAUUAUCAUACAUUUAACUGGUAAGACUAUCGAGAAUUCAGAUAUGUUUUUUGUUACUACCGGAUUGAAUAAGAAGUCCAACUCGGAAAUUUAUUUAAUGUAUUUUCAUAUGGGCAUGAGCAAUUUCUUUGGAUCGAGUUUUAUAGAGUUCCAUUCAUUAGGCAAAUCGGAUACUAUGAUACGUUGUAUUUUAGUGCUGUUUGGAAAAGGAUGUAUCAUUUAUCUCAUGGUUAUAGUCCUGCAACUGGUACAGUCAGCUGCAGAACCAGAAUUAAAAUAUCAACGAAUUAUGCAUCGAGUCAAAGAAUAUAUUCAAGAGAAAAAAUUGCCAGAAAAUUUAAAAAAUAAACUUAUUGCUUAUUACGAGUAUCGUUUUCAAGGCAGUUACUUUAAAGAAAAUGCAAUAUCGAGCACUUUAUCCAAUCAUUUAAAUCAAGAAAUUAUGGUUCAUAGUAGCCGCGGAUUAUUAGACACAGCUACUAUUUUGCAUUAUUUACCGCGCCACCAUUUUCUUUUACGAUUACAAAUAUUUAUAGGGGUAUUGAAGCCGGUUAUAUAUCUUAAUGAGGAUAUCAUAUAUAAAAGUGAAACUGAAGGCGAUUGUAUGUUCUUCAUAGUUAGUGGAACCGUUGCACUUAUCACAUUUAGUGGAAGAGAAAUAUGUCAUGAAAAGGAUGGAGGCUAUUUCGGUGAAGCUGCCUUAAUAUUUCCGGAUCGUAGAAGAUUAGAAACUGUAAUCGCAUUAGAAGUAUGUGAAUUGUUACGCUUAAAUCGUCGUGAUUUCAAACGUAUGUUUUCUUCGACGUCAACUUUUUAUAAGAGAUUAGAAAAAGUUAGCAAGGAGAGAUACCAGCACAUUAGCAAUUUAAGUAUCAAUGACGAAAAUGUAAAUUUGGAGGAAAAUACGUUAAUAAAUGUUGAAAAUAAUCAACAAGAGGGAGAUGCCAAAAUUAGUAAUAACAACGAUAAUGUUAAAACGAAAUAUGACAAUAGAUCAGAUUGA